AUGGCACAGAACAAUCAGCUUGCUAGCUCCGAGGAGAACACUCCACCGACGCCGGUUUAUUAUCAACCGUCCAUGACUCAAGCACUGCCACCACUAACUCCUGCAGGCGCACCCCCGGUACACUCGGGAGAAAUCCCGCCACCAGUCCCAACAUCGGAAGCCCAAGCACCGUCCACCUCUACAGAGGGUGCGGCCCGCAUCGUCGCACUGGAAGGCGAUAUCUCCACAUUAAGGGGCACGGUCAAUCAGAUGGCUGCCGACAUGGCCGAGCUCAUGGCCCUACUCAGAGCUCCAAACCGCACCUCCUCGAACUCUACUCCGCCUCCGGGGUACGGGCCAACAGUCGACCCAAACCCUUGGGUCCCGCCGACCCAUGCUCCGGAAGGUAUUGAAGCGCCUGCGAUACACGCACCGGCGGGCCUCCCAGCUAACGUCCCUCCGCCAUCGGUGACUCUCCCGGCAGCCAUUCCUCUUCCACCGUCGAACCCGACUACUCUAGUACCGCCGCCGAUGUCCAUACCGGUUCCGGCACCGGUUUACGCGGCUCCUCCGCCGAUGGUCUUCCCGGCACAGAGCCCCCACGCUCCUGCUCACACAGCCGAGCCUGUCCCAUUCCAAGCUCCACAACCCCACAUCAGCUUUUCUUACCCAACUCUACCUCCCCUAAACAUUCCCAUCCCUGAACCGGGCACGCCAACCCAGGCUGUCCCCAUAGCUCCACCGACAAACUUUCUCCCGGAAAUGGGGACUGAGCAGGAGCAGAGAUUGAAGAAGAUGGAAGAGAACAUCAAAGCCUUACAAUCAGGUGGUCCUCGCCUCGAUGCCGGCGAUUGCGAUUGGAGUCUUUUUCCGGGUAUGCGGCUACCCCCGAAGAUUAAGGUGCCUGAAUUCCAAAGGUACCAUGGCACUACCGACCCCCGUCACCAUCUCCGUCACUACAGGGGAAAGAUGCUGCAGUACUGGGACUACGAAGAGUUCGUCAUCCACACGUUCCAGGACAGUUUGGCGGGAGCGGCUCUUGAUUGGUACAUGUCACUGAAAGCCGCGGAUAUCCCUACAUGGACGGACCUUUCGGGCAAAUUCAUCGACCAGUACAAGUACUGUGCAGAAACGCCCCCGACCCUGUUGGAGCUCAGUACAAUGGAGAUGGCCGAGGAUCAGGGCUUCGAGGCCUACGCAGUAAAGUGGAGGGCUAGAGCGGCGAAACAUGUCCCCCCGAUCAGUGAGGCGCAGCAGAUCCAAUUAUUCCACUCUACCCUCAAAGGGGCCUACUACUUGCACCUGUUGGCUCACACGUCUUCGUUCUCCAACCUUAUCGACGCCGGGAAGAAGCUUGAUAUCGGCGUUAAGCUCGGCAAGAUAGAAGGACCGGCCGAGAAGAAAGAGGGAGAGUCCUCGAAGAAGGUUGCUACUGGGACACCCUCCGCGGGAAACAGGAGAGGAAAAGACGCGUCCGUCAAUGCUGUUAACUCAGGGCGCCAAGCCCCCCAACAGUAUUCCAUCAAUUACACGCCCGCACCACCGACCACUCAGGCGUAUGCCCCACCUCCGGUGCAUUAUCAGCAGCAACUCCCAGCGCAACAAGUAUAUUAUUCCGCCCCGCCGGCCUCCUUUCCGUUGCCGGCCCCGCACAAUUACGUCCCUAUUCCCCCUCCGAUCCAACAAAGCAGGCCUCCGGCUUCGAGAACUCCUCAGCCGGUGCAACGGGCUCCGGCCCCGCAGGACCAACAAAGCACUGCGCCGCGGCGCAGACAAUUCACACCCCUUCCGGCCCCGCUCUCCCACAUAUACCGGCAACUCCUCGCAGGCAAUAGGAUUAAAUCAGUAGCGCCUAACCCCGAUUUCGACCCCACCAUUCAGGAUCAGAGUCGGCACUGCGAGUACCAUCAGGGCGCACCCGGUCACACCACCGACGAUUGUUGGAAGCUGCGGGAGAAGAUCCAAGCUAUGAUUGAUGGCAAACAACUCACGUUCAACGCCGUCAAACCUCCGAACGUGCAAGUUAAUCCUCUUCCCGAUCACGGGUCAAGCUCGGGACCCAGCAUUAACAUGAUCAGUGUUUGCGCCAUAGGGGAGUACGAGACCGGGCAGGAGCCAUCCGCCCCGUUCGUAAUCGAAUAUGUGCCUGCGGAAACCGGUAUAGGGUACGCGGGGUUUGAUGCCACGCCCGCCCCAUUCGUGAUAGAUGUCCCCGCACGAGAGCCAUAUCAAGAUAGCAAGGUUCCGUGGACCUACGAAGGGAGUGUCGGGAACCUCGAGCGUCAAUUCAGCGUCAUGGGCGUGACGCGCUCGGGACGAGUGUAUGAAAACCCGGAGGUCGCGAACAAAGGAAAGGCGCCUGCUGCGACAUUAGGAAUCGCCCCGGAAGCUACGCCGAUCCCACAAAAGAAGGUGACCGAAGAGGAAGCCGAGGCUUUUAUGAAGAUCAUCAAGGCAAGCGAGUAUAAGGUUGUUGAACAAAUGGGCAAGUCUCCGGCCCACAUUUCACUACUCGCCCUUCUCUUAAGUUCGGAGCCACAUCGUGAAGCGCUCCUGAAGGUCCUGACGGCGGCACAGGUCCCCAAGGAGACGGCUCCAGAUCUCAUUGAAGAAACCGUUGGUUCGAUAUUCUCCAACAAUAUUUCAUUCUCGGAUGACGAGCUUCCCUCCGAAGGGUACGCACACUCGCGGGCGUUGCACAUCAUGAAUGUGGAUCUGAAUCGUAUUCGUCCAAGCAAGACAGCGGUUCGAGCCUUCGAUGGCUCGCGGAGAGAGGUGAACGGAGAGAUCGACCUUCUGAUCGAGGUAGGUCCAUGUUCAUUCAAUGUCACUUUUCAGGUGCUCGACAUCCCCAAUGCCUUCAGCUUGCUGCUCGGGAGGCCAUGGAUCCAUUUUGCGGGCGCAGUCCCCUCCACCUUGCACCAAAAGCUUAAGUUCAUCGUGGAAGAGCGACUCAUCACGGUCAAAGGUGAGGAGGACUAUGCGAUUUAUAAGGAGACGGCUGCCGGUCCGUCCCGCGCCGACCGCAUGGUGGGGAAGAUCUUGCUGCGCCAUAAUUACAUUCCGGGUUCCGGACUCGGAGCACGUGGGCAAGGGAUCAACCGCCCAAUCGAGAUCGAAGAGUACAAGAACAGGAGGGGACUCGGUUUUCGCCCUUCCUGCCACGAGAUUAUUGAAGCCCGUAGAGGCAAGCGCCUCCACCGUCUCGCAGCGUACUACGGGAAGAUCAACAGGGGCACCCCAGUUCCGCCACUCUCCCACUUCUUUUCAGGAUCACAGCACAUCGUCGGAGGUACUCUUGACGGCCCCUCCUCGGAUUUAGACGACGCGCUUGUCGAUCUGCCAGGCAUAUACGCCGUCACCGAGGAGACUCCUUCAGGGGUCUACAUCCGCCUCGCGCAGGAGAAUGAGGAGCUCAACAACUGGACCUCAAUAGAGGAGAGUUUGCACCGCCUCGAGAACCGUCAACUCACCUCAGUUGAGCCAACAGAAGAAAUCAACAUAGGCACUGAAGAGGAACCUCGCACGCUAAAGAUCGGGACGGGCCUCGAUCCAACACAACGAGCUCGGAUGAUCGAUUUCUUGAAGGAGUACCAAGAGGUCUUUGCCUGGUCCUACGCCGACAUGCCGGGCUUAGAUCCGUCGAUAGUCAAGCACUCUCUCCCACUCGAUACAGAGAACUUCCCGCCCAAACGGCAACACCUACGGCGGCAGCGAGCCGGCCUUCUCCUCCGCAUCAAGGAGGAGGUCGUCAAGCAGAUAAAUGCGGGAUUCCUAGAAGUCUGCAAUUACUCUGAAUGGGUGGCAAACAUCGUGCCCGUGGAGAAAAAGGACGGAAGGGUCAGGGUUUGCGUCGACUAUCGGGACCUCAACAAGGCUAGUCCUAAAGACAACUUCCCUCUGCCUCACAUCGACGUCUUGGUCGACAACACCGCGCGCCACAAUCAGUUCUCCUUCAUGGAUGGCUUUUCGGGGUAUAACCAAAUCCGGAUGGCUGAAGACGACAAGAUCAAAACGACUUUCAUCACGAUGUGGGGCACGUUUUGCUACAAGGUCAUGCCCUUCGGGCUCAAAAAUGCCGGGGCAACCUACCAACGGGCAAUGGUUACGCUCUUCCACGACAUGAUGCAUAAGGAGAUCGAGGUCUACGUCGACGACAUGAUCGCAAAGUCCAAGGAGGGAGAGGAUCACCUCGUCAAUCUGAGGCGUCUCUUCGAACGUCUCAAGAAGUACAAGCUUAGGCUCAACCCGGCCAAGUGCACAUUCGGCGCGAAAUCCGGAAAACUGCUAGGAUUUGUGGUCAGCGAACGAGGCAUCGAGGUCGAUCCUGACAAGGUGAAAGCGAUUAGGGAGUUACCUCCGCCAUCAACAGUGCGCGAGGUACGGAGCUUCUUAGGACGACUGAACUACAUCGCGCGUUUCAUCGCGAACUUAUCAGAUAAGUGUCAACCCCUCUUCCGGCUGCUUCGUAAAAAUGCAGCAAUUGAAUGGGACGACGAUUGUCAGAAGGCCUUUGACGAUAUUAAGACAUACUUAGUUCAGUCGCCGGUGUUGGUCCCGCCCACGCCAGGUCGACCUCUCAUUCUUUACCUGACGGUGCGCCGGCAAUCAUUGGGGUGCAUGCUGGGACAAGAAGAUGAGUCCACACGCGCAGAACAUGCCAUCUACUAUCUGAGCAAGAAGUUUACUGAAGGGGAAUCCAAUUACCCGGAGAUUGAGAAGAUGUGCUGCGCACUGGUGUGGGUCAUGCAGAGACUUCGACAGUACACCCUCUAUCACACUAUCCGCUUGCUGUCGAAAGCGGAUCCCCUGAAAUAUCUACUUGGUAGCCCAUCCUCCAUGAGGAACAUUGCAAAGUGGCGCUGUCAACUGACGGAGUACGACAUCGAGUAUGUGCCCCGCACAUCAGUCAAGGGGCAAGCAAUUGCAGACCAUUUGGCGGAAUUUCCCAUCGAGGAUGACACGCCGAUCAACUCCGACUUUCCAGACGAAGGGAUCCUCCGAGUAGAUGAGGAGGAGGAUGGGACCGCGUGGAAGAUGUAUUUCGACGGCGCGGUGAAUUCCACCGGUUCUGGUAUCGGCGCAGUGCUGAUAUCCCCGGACGGACGUUAUUACCCGAUUGCAGCAAAAGUUAAUUUUCUCUGCACCAAUAAUGUGGCCGAAUACGAGGCAUGCAUCCUUGGCUUGCAAGCAGCGAUUGAUUUCAAGGUGAAGGAGCUAGAAGUGUUCGGAGAUUCAAUGCUCACAAUCUUCCAAACGUUAGGGCAAUGGAAGACGAAAGACGCAAAGUUAGUACCAUACCACGAGUAUCUCGAGGAGUUAGCGGAGAACUUCGAGAAAAUCUCGUUCACCUACACGCCACGUAUCAAGAAUCAGUUUGCAGAUGCACUUGCGACACUGGCAUCAAUGGUGAGCAUCACAAAAGAAAACCUCAUCGAGCCACUUGAGAUCGAGAUUGCCAAAGGCCCGGCUUACUGCGACACAAUCGAGGCGACCGAUGAACAGCCAUGGUACGAAGACAUCAAACAUUUUCUGCAAACUGGCCAAUACCCGACAUUUGCCAACCGUCGGGACCGGAAAACACUUAGGCGACUCACAGCGCAUUACUUCCUGAGCGGAGAGACUCUCUACCGCCGUUCCUUCGACGCCACGCUACUCCGGUGUGUUGACGAAAACGAGGCACAACGCCUCAUGGGAGAGAUACAUGAAGGGAGUUGUGGACCCCAUAUGAGCGGUCUCAUGCUCACCAAGAAACUCAUGCGCCUAGGUUACUUUUGGUCCACCAUGGAGGCCGACUGCGCCAAACACGUCAGACACUGCCACUUGUGCCAGGUCUAUGCCGAUCAGAUCAAAGCACCCCCCAAUGAGCUACGCCCGAUGGCGGCCCCGUGGCCCUUUUCAAUGUGGGGCAUUGACGUGAUCGGCCCUAUCAAUCCCAAAGCAUCCAAUGGACACAUGUUCAUUUUGGUGGCAAUUGACUACUUCACCAAGUGGAUCGAGGCCAUAACGCUCGCUUCGGUCACCGCAAAUGCCGUGGCACGUUUCCUUAAGCGCGACAUCAUCGCCCGAUAUGGAGUCCCCGAAACAAUCAUCACCGACAAUGCUAAGAACCUGAACAACAGGAUCAUCGAUGAGCUUUGUGAGCGAUUCAAAAUACACCACCGCAAUUCCACACCAUACCGUCCCCAAAUGAACGGUGCGGUGGAGGCUGCGAACAAAAACAUCAAGAGGAUCAUCGAGAAAAUGACGGUGACCUAUAAGGAUUGGCACGAGAUGCUCCCUUUUGCGCUCUUGGCAUAUCGAACGUCCAUCCGCACUUCAACCGGGGCAACUCCGUACUCCCUAGUCUACGGCAUGGAAGCAAUCCUCCCAAUCGAAGUGGAGAUUCCCUCCAUGAGGGUCCUCGCCGAGUCCAAGCUCGAAGAAGCAGAAUGGGCGAAGCAGCGCUACGAACAGCUCAAUCUCAUUGACGAGAAACGGCUAACAGCGCUCUGCCACGGUCAAUGCUACCAACAAAGAAUGGCUCGAGCGUUCAAUGCAAGGGUUCGCCACCGCGAAUUCCGCCCCGGUGAUCUCGUCCUACGAAAGGUCUUGCACAUCACACCUGACUCUCGGGGCAAGUUUGCAUACAAGUAUGAUGGACCUUUCGUCGUCAGGGAAGUCUUCUCCGGAGGGGCAAUUAUCCUAAGCGAUAUGGACGGGACCGAAAACGCACUCCCGGUCAAUGCCGAUGCCCUUAAGAAGUACUACCCUUAAUGGCCUCUUUGUCAUCCGGCGGUUUCUUUGUGUUCUCGGAGGUUUCAGGCUACCGUCCAGGCCCUUAUC